AUGCAUUGUUUAGCAUCAAGUAAAGAAAGUAUUCAUGGAUUAAAUUCACGAGAAAUACCUGAUAAAACAUGGCGUAACAUUCAUCAAUCAAAAGAAUUCGAUGAAACACAAAAUGAUUCAAUGAUAUUUCAUCGUCGUUUUGCAGCUGGUUCUUGCAUAUUACAGAAAAAAAUACGACACAAUGAUAAAAAACAGAAAUCCAGAAAAACUGAUCCGGUUCUGUUUGAAAAGAAGAUUAAUCAACAUUUCGGACAAAUUGGUUCGAAAUUAAAGCAAUUGGCAAAAUUGCCAAGCUAUGAUAAAACAAAAAUUUGA